GACACCAGUUUGUUUCCACGGAGCUGAAGAAGCUUGUGGGUUAUCGGUGCUGACAGGCUAAUUUACGGAUUUUCUCCUCCAUUUCAGCUGUGAUUCUCUCGUAAAUUAUACAAAAACCAAACGUUGUUUUCUUUCUAAGGGGUCUGAUUGAUGUUUAACCAAUUCAUUCAACGAGGGAUCUCCAUUCAGAAUGGUAUCACUGGCAACUCUGGGCUGAGAGUGAAGCCGUAAAAUUCUUGUUGCUCGGACACCUGUCGCAAUGGCACAAUGACAGAGCAAUUAAAUAACAACGAAACUCUCUUUUCUUUCGAACUAUUGGUGGAAUAUAUCAGAAUAGACAAAACCAGAAAAUGUCUAAAUUAUUCAGAUGAAUUAGCCCUCGGUGUGAGACUACUGGACUUCCCAACUCUGCUCAUCUAUCAAUCAGAAACGUCUACUCCACUGCUAGAUCAACGGCACCAUGAGGACGAGGACAGUGAGAAGGAAAACCAGCUCUAUCAAGCCCACGACACGUUUAAAUACCCUUUCAACAAAGGCAAGUCGUGUUUGUUCAAAACCCACCUGGACUCCCUCCACACCCAUAUAUCUAACACUCCUCUGCAUGCCGUGGUCCUGGAUAUGAGGGGAGAGGUUCCCACGUUGAUAGGCAGCUCGAUGGUGUCUCUGGUCAGGUUGAUAGACUGUAUCAGGUGUGAUGUGGAGGUUCAUGGUAUCUCCUCACCCUCUUCCCAAGGAGAGAAAGGACUUGUUGAUUUAUUUAAUCUCAUGGGAGAGAAAAUAGGUGUUCUUUCUUUGGGAUAUAGUCUGUUCAGCCUGGGAAGUAGUUCAUUACCACAUAUACCUGAUAACAGGGUAUUGCCAGUUGGUAUUACACACGGGACGGAAUCUAUGAAACCAAUAGAACAUUUACAGGUCGAUCGUGGGAAAGGAACGAUGCAACCACUUGACUUGGACAUUGACAACAGGCCUUCCAAGGUCCUUUAUCAGAAUAUUCAUAUAAAUGACAAGCCCAGUGAGAUAGUGGUGUCAGAAGCACGGCAGACUGUUCCAGUUUCAACUGGCACUCAAACGGAACAUUCUAGAAGCAAGCAGCAUCACCGAACACUCAGAGUGGCUGCUAUCGAUGAGGAGCAUGAUGAGGGAAGCCUCUGUGUUCAGCCCCCACCUCUUUACUACAGCAGUUCUGUAGAACAACAACAGGAAAAUGAACCAGGCCACUACAGGGUGUUAGACAUGGAGUCUCUCAGGGUAGAGGAUCUGGACUCGGGGAAUGAGGAGACACCUGGUGAGACACAGGUUCCUGCUACAGACCACAGGUGUAGACAGAGACAGGAUGUGGUUAUGGAGUCUAGAGGCAGGGAAGAGAGGGGACAGCACCAACCCCAGCAGACGGCAUCUAUCUUAGGGGAGGCUCUGAGACCGUUCCCUCUAUUGAACACCUUGCUAGUUGAGCUCGCCCAGCUGAGUGGACAGAGUCAGACCCAGCUACAGCAGCUCUUCUCAGUCCACCCCAACCUAGCAUGGAUCUACAGGCCACUGACAGAGCCUUCUAAUGGACAGGCGGACUGGCCUCAGUCCCAGGGCCUACGAGACACCACAACAUCACCACAGAGAGGCAGGCAGUCUCCUUGCCCAGUGGUUCCCGAACUAUGGGUCGGACCUAGCCCCAGAGUGAAGAACAGGCCUCUUCAGGAACAAUGCAGCACUACCACACAAAGUUCUAUCAGAAAAACAAACUGGGAGAAUACAAUGAGUGGCAAUACAGUGUCCAAGUCCUCUCCCAAGAAGAAGUUAGGUUUUGGAAUGACAAAAACGUUCCGCCUAAGAAUGAAGCAGGUUCAACCUUGUGGGAUGAAAUGCCACCUCCGUGAGUGCAGAAAGCAACAGACAGACAAACAGACACUCAAGACCAAGGGUCAUAGCAGGAAGUCCAACAACACUAGGAGACAAACGGAUAAACCUAUAGAUGGGAGGAAGCUACUCAAUAGGAAUGAUAUUCUAAAUGAGGACAUUGUGACUUCGAUAAGUAGCCGAGACCGAGACCGACCGAGACAGAGACAGAGACAGAGACCGUGGACGGCAGGGAAACAUCUCAACAGGAACCCAGCAGGAACUAACAAACACAUUCACAACUAGUGUCAUGCAGAGGAGUUUUACUGUAAGAGAGAUGACUCCUCACAAAGAUUACCAAAACAGAAACCAUCAUCCCAUUCCAAGCAGGACAGUCACAGUAAACUGUGGGUGCAUAUUCCCAGUGUUGAUCACACAGAGGAGGUGUUACGGAGUGGAGAGUACGACCAUGCUGACUCUGACAGCGGAGGAGACGGAGAUGAGACUCCAAGAGGCUCCAAACCCAGACCACACCUUUUAGACUCUGGCCACAAGCCCCACAUGUCAGACACCAGAAGAAGCCCCAGACUCAAACACCCCCACUCAGCCUCCAGCAGUGAUAGGUUGGACAGUGUGGGGGCAGUAGAAUACCUGGAUGACUUCAGCAGUCUAGACCCUACUGAUGGUGACGGGUUCUCACCUUCAACUGACCUUCUCAGUAGCCCUGAACCUGUUUCAGGUAGGACUAGGGGGAGGAGCCCCGAGCCUGUUGGGGGUGGGAAGACUAGGGGGAGGAGCCCUGAACCUGUUGGAGGUGGGAAGACUAGGGGGAGGAGCCCUGAGCCUGUUGGGGGUGGGAAGACUAGGGGAGGAGCCCUGAGCCUGUUGGGGGUGGGAAGACUAGGGAGGAGCCCUGAGCCUGUUGGGGGUGGGAAGACUAGGGGAAGAGCCCUGAACCUGUUGGAGGUGGGAAGACUAGGGGGAGGAGCCCUGAACCUGUUUCAGACUAGGGGGAGGAGCCCUGAGCCUGUUGGGGGUGGGAAGACUAGGGGAAGGAGCCCUGAGCCUGUUGGGCGUGGGAAGACUAGGGGGAGGAGCCCUGAGCCUGUUGGGGGUGGGACCAGGGACAAGAGGAGGAGCCGAGUGUCAGGUGACCAUAACUCUGACGGCUCCAGUGUCUCAGAGAGAAGCCAGAGAAGAAGAGUGGCUCCGCCUCUUCCUGUUCCUGUUAAAGCUGAGACGUCUCCCCAGCGCUCCCUGAUGAACACACACGUCAUCAGACCUCGUACCCAGGCCUCAGUCCUUAGCGUCUCCUCUGACAACAGUGUUGGAGACACGCCUGCAUCCAUACACUCAGUCCACUCUAGAACUCAGCUGGCAGCAAGACCUUGUAGUGGAGGAGCCAUGAGGUCUGGUUCUGGGGCUAGAAGAACCUCAACCAACAGGCCUGGUGGCACUUGGUCUCAGGGAGCCAAGGGGUCUUUCUCUGAGAGUCUUAGAGCAUCAAGCCAACUCCGUGACAUCCAUACUGGCUACAUCCCCAAAGAACCCAAGGACAGAGCACCAGACAGGGGGUACUCUGUAGACACCCACACUGACUCCAUCCACACUAAGGACAGGGGGUCAGACAGGGGGUACUCUAUAGACACCCACACUGACUCCAUCCACACUAAGGACAGGGGGUCAGACAGGAGGUACUCUAUAGACACCCACACUGACUCCAUCCACACUAAGGACAGGGGGUCAGACAGGGGGUACUCUAUAGACACCCACACUGACUCCAUCCACACUAAGGACAGGGGGUCAGACAGGGGGUACUCUAUAGACACCCACACUGACUCCAUCCACACUAAGGACAGGGGGUACUCUAUAGACACCCAUACUGACUCCAUCCACACUAAGGACAGGGGGUACUCUAUAGACACCCACACUGACUCCAUCCACACUAAGAACAGGGGGUCAGACAGGGGGUACGCUGUAGACACCCACACUGACUCCAUCCACACUAAGGACAGUAGGUCAGACAGGGGGUACUCUGUAGACACCCACACUGACUCCAUCCACACUAAGGACAGGGGGUCAGACAGGGGGUACUCUAUAGACACCCACACUGACUCCAUCCACACUAAGGACAGGGGGUACUCUGUAGACACCUGCAUCUCUACUGAGUACAACUCCUCACCUGAGUCCCACAAGGCUGAAUAUAUAGAAGAGGAGCUAACUGAGGAGAGAGGAGAGGAGCUAACAGGAAGCAGGAGAGGAGCUAACAGGAAGCAGGAGAGGAGAGAGCUAGCUAAAGAAGCUAUAGAUGAACUGGGUUCUCUGGGGUUCAGUAAUGAGUAGCAACAUGUCUCUGAGCUGGUAGUUAACAAGCUCCCUGGAUACACCUUCUAGAAGACCCACAUGAAGAAUGUGCUUCCUAGGGACACAUGUAUCAAGCAUCUCAAGGACGUGCUGCUGAUCCAGGGUCAGAUAUUCCCUGUCCAUAUGAUCCUAAUUGUGAUAUUAAAGGCAAAACCAGUUCUCCUACUCUAAUGCUGUGUUUAUACGCACUAAUUGGUAUUUUCACCAAUCAGAUCAGUUCUGAAAAUGAUCUGAUAUGGAAAAGAUCCUAAGUGAUUGGUCAAAAGACAUAUUAGUGGAAAAGAUAUCAGAAUUGGGCUGCCUGUGUAAACACAGACCAUGAUGCUUGAUACAUAUGGGCCCUGAAAUAGUCCACAUCUGGUUUACUGAUAGAGCAAUGGUGUGGAGACAGAUAUUGUUAGUCAUUCUGAAUUUGGACGGGCGGGUUACUCCCAUUUUAAUAUCUCAUUCUGUACGGCACUAGACUAAACUGAAUGUAAUGUUGUGUCAAUCAUUCAUAAAUUCAAAGGGCUAAUUGGACUAAACUGAAUGUAAUGUUGUGUCAAUCAUUCAUAAAUUCAAAGGGCUAAUUGGACUAAACUGAAAGUAAUGUUGUGUCAAUCAUUCAUAAAUUCAAAGGGCUAAUUGAAUAAUUUACUUCCAUGUUAGACUAUUAACUGUGUGAGCGGGUUUGGGAAUUCCCUAAUAUGAAUACGUUAUCAAAAAGCAAGACUGUUUUAGUUUAAAAUGUCUUUCCCAAGUUAUUAAAAGGCUUCUGUUUUAUCUA